GUUGCCUAGUGACGGUAGCUAACAACUUUCUCUCAGGAGGUUCCUCUCCACUGAGUGCGGAUCAUUUACCCUUGUCUUUUUUAAACAAACUUUUGAAGGUUGUGAAGACUGAUGGCUCACUCACUGUUCUUUUAACUACAUCUCCUGGUAAAAACAUCCAUUUUCCAGUAAGUCUUUUCCACAUCUCCAUGUUCUCGUGGUUUUAGCCCUUCACUGUCGUCAUGCCUCGAGGAAGAUCAGCGAUAAGUGUCCACUCUGACUCCAGCGACAUGGACAUUGAUGCACUGGCAGAGGCAGAGAUGAGCAAGUUGCAGAGGCAGUUUCGCAUCAUGGAGGGAGAUCGACAGGCCUACAGCGUCCAGUCACAGGAGCUUAUUCGCAAGCAGCGUCUCGAGAUAAAGAAGCUGGUCAAGGAGCACGAGGAACUGCAGAAGAACCUGCGUGUAUCCGAGAGCCAGUCACGCAAGCAGGCCGACACCCACUACACCCAGCAGCUCCGGGCUCUCCUGAACCGCCGCGAUGAGCUCGAAGAGCAGCUGGAGAGAGAGAGAUUCAGUCAAGCAGAGCUUGAGCGAGAGAUCCAGAAUAUUCAGAAGAAACUGGAAGAGCUGAGGAAAGGGGACGUAGGUACCUUUCACAGACAGAAGUCUCAGGUUCUCCACAUCCAAAAGGCCACUUGUACCCUGGAAAAUAAACUGGACCGGGCUCUCAUUCACUUCAACCAGCAGCUGGCGAAGAACAGCCAGCUAAGAGAAGAGCUGGAGACGCUGCGUGUGGAGCGUGUCCGCUUCCAGCAGCUGCACCGCAAACUGGAUAAGGAGCUACAGGAAAUCCGGCGGGAGAUUGGUGAUGUCAUCAGCAUGUCUACGGCAGCCUAUGAUGCCAGAGUGGAGGCCCAGACGAAGAUGACGAUGAUGAAGGAGAAGGCGGUGAAGGACCUGGCCCAGUACAACGCUGAAAUGAAGGAGCUGGAGAGGCUGAUCGCACACGAGCAGCGCCUUAAAGACUUCAUGGCUACCAAGUGCAACGAGAGGACCGGACUGGACGAUGCACUCAGCCACAGACACGAACUGAAGGAGCAGCGGAGGACCGACUCGGAGGUAGCAGCGGAGACUCUAGAGGAAGUUUUCCAGCGGAUCCAGAAAGUGACCGGAGAGGACGAUUUGGAAAUGCUAGUCACUAAAUUUAUCCAGGCUGAAGACAGGAACUUUGCUCUCUUUAAUUACGUGAACGAGCAAAACACAAAGGCAGAGGCUUUGAAAGAUGAAAUCAGACAGAUCAAAGAGGAUAUGGAGAAGUUCCAGGUGGAGGAUCUGCAGCAAGAGCAGGAGCAUCACACCACCCUCAAGCAGAGGGAGGAGCAACAGCGAGACGCUGAAGCUCAGGCCCUGGAGUACGAGGUCCAGGCCAAAGAAAUCACAGAGACUCUGGAUCAGAUUAAGACAGGAGUGAGCAACUUGUUUAAUAAGAUCAAUUGCGACCGUGCAGUGGUGGACGACCUGCUCGGUUCUUCAGCUGGAAUCAGAGACUCCAACAUCAUGACGUACCUGAAGCUGGUGGAGCAGAAAACCAACGAGCUUCUCACCGUGCAGGCCUUCGUCAACUCCAAGGACCUGGAGAAGGAUUAUGAUCCAAAACUGGUGGCUCAGGUGCUGCUUGGACAAAGUGCGGAGAUGCAGAAACAUGCUCCUGUUGUACAUCCUCCUGUCUCCGGCGAUGACUAUGAUACAGAAGAGCUGCUACUUCCACAUGAGGACGACCGGCCUUUGACCCAAGAAGAACUUCGUCAGCGCAUUAUGAACAUGAUUCUUCAGAAGGAAGAAGCGCUGCAUGCUGCGAAGAGCAAAGAGGUCAGGUCUGCUAAACUAAGCGCUCUGUCCAGCCACAGACAGAACACAAUGGAACCUAUCUUCUGAAGAUUCCGACCUGCUUCGAUCUUUAUUUUGUAAAAAUGCAUACAAAUGCCGUGUGAAAUUAAUCACACUUUCUUCACUUCUAAUAAUAUUUUGGAUAGCAAAGAUUUUAUCUGAGUUUUCACAGACAUUUAAAGCAAGGUGAGUGUUCGCUGGGUCAUUUUCAACACAACAGAUGAGACAUCUGAUCUUCUCUGAAAGCACCAUGUUUUAAUCAGAGCUCUAUAAAAAACACAGUUUCAGGAGGAAGCAGCUUUCCUUCAGUCUCGAAAUCAUGUAACCUGCGGUAAUGAGUGCAGUUCAGCAACCGAACAGCAGGGGGCAAUGUGUCCAUUUGGUGUCAUUUGCACCAUGUAACCCUUAAAUGGGUUAGAGAGGAUGUGUCCUGGGAGAUACAAAACAUUUGCCUGGCUCUGGGGAGGAGAAAUAAUUGGGUGGGCUUGAUAUCAGUGGAAAUCUUUAAAGAGUGGGCUGGCUCAUGUGGGUCAGGUCAUGUGACUCAGGCAUCAAAAAAAUAACAACAUGGAGGCAAACAGCAGCAAGGCCACUGCUUCGGCAGGAAAGGUUCGAAACACGUUUACAAGAUCGUGAAAGGAUUGUGUUUAUGAAAAUACACUAUAAAUAUUAAUAAUCUCAUGUUCCCAGUCUGAAUAAUUAAUUAAUGUAAUAGUUAAUGUCUAUAUCCCUGAGGAAAGUAGGUUUUUAAAAUAAAAGGAAUUAUCACAAACGGGGAUAUCAAAGCGUUCGUGUCUGAAAAUGACAUUUUAGCUAUUUAACUACAAACAUCAGUGUUGUUUAGUGAUUUGGUCACACCAUUGAGGUUCAUUUAUCACCUCUGUGCACAUGAAACACAUACAACUCUGUUCAACUGUGAACCCUAAUGUAUUAAAAACCCAUCAAAUAUUAAUGAAUUGAUUUUCUGAAGCGUUUUAAAGCAAUAAAAAGACCAUUUCACUCUGAAACACGUGAAAUUAGUUUCUACUGAAA